GCUAGUGAAACAAAACCUGACUAUAAGGCUGCAAAGGGGCAAUCAGAAGAGAACGGGGGCUAAGGGAGGGGCAAUAACACAACACAGGGAGUGUUUCUCUUAUUGUAACCAGCCUGACAGCCUUUAUUUGCUGGUAUGCUGAAGACUGAGGAUGGGUGACUACCCAUUAUUCAUAGGCAGCAAGUAAAGGCGUGGGGGGAGGGUGUGUACAAAGGGGUGGCUGUGCAUCUAGCAAGGCUGCGUUCCUUUUAUUAUUUGAUACUGGAUAAUUACCUUACAUAGUGGGUUGCAGGCUUGACUGUGUGAUAUUAAAGAAAAAGGCUGUGUGAUAUUCUGUGAAGAAUUGGGAGAAAAGAGAUAGGACAAGGCACAGAGCAGCAGGUACAGAGAUACAGGGGGCACAGAGGAGUCACAGGAUCCCUGCUGGUUGCAGGGGAUGCACAUUAAUUGCUCAGUGCUGAGGAUCCAGGAGUCAGUAUUGGCUGUUAUUGAUGCUCCUGGCCUGCUAUAGCCAGUUAUCACCCCAGCCUCUCACACCAGCAGCAGCAUCCUUCAGCUUAGCACCAUGGUUGGAGGAUUGCACCCUGCCUCUGCCCCCAGGCUGAUCGGACCCUUAGCUCUCUGCUCCACUUCCUCGGUGCUCUUCUUUUUAGCCCUCUCGGGUGUGCAGGCGUCCAACCAGCUCCCCAGUGAGUGCCAGAAGGGGAAAGGCAUCAACUGCUCAGAACUAAAUGUGAGAGAGUCUGAUGUACGACGGGUAUGUGAUGAGUCAACGUGUAAAUAUGGAGGAGUGUGCAAAGGCACUGGGGAUGUUCUAAAAUGUGCCUGCCAGUUUCCGUGCCACACCAAUUAUGUUCCAGUGUGUGGAUCGAAUGGAGACACUUACCAAAAUGAAUGCUUCCUUAGAAGGUCUGCUUGUAAGCAACAGAAAGAUUUAACUGUAGUAGCAAAAGGACCCUGCUAUUCUGAUGUCGCAUCAGGAUCUGGAGAAGGAGAGUAUGAAGGAUCUGGGACUGAGGUUCACAGGAAACAUUCUAAAUGCGGAGCUUGCAAAUAUGGGGCAGAAUGUGAUGAAGAUGCAGAAGAUAUUGGGUGUGUGUGUAACAUAGAUUGCAGUGGACACAACUUUAACCCCGUCUGUGCCUCUGAUGGAAGUUCUUAUUCCAACCCCUGUCUGGUGCGUGAAGCUUCGUGUCUCAGGCAAGAACAGAUUGAUGUGAAACACCUGGGAAGCUGUACAGCAGCCGAUGACACAAACCCCAUUGGGAAGAAAGAUGAUGGGAUACGCACGGAGGUGAAAGAUUCCAGUGAUCAGAGAGAAGACGUCUACAUGGGAAACUCAAUACCUUGCACAGAAAAUUACAAUGGUUAUUGUGUACAUGGCAAAUGUGAAUUAAGUUAUACAAAUCAGAAGGCAUCAUGUCGGUGCGACUCAGGGUAUACCGGUCAGUACUGCGACAAAACAGACUUCAACAUUCUUUACGUAGUACCAAGCAGACAAAAGUUAACACAUGUCCUUAUUGCCGCCAUUAUUGGAGCUGUACAAAUUGCCAUCAUAGUUGCCAUUGUAAUGUGCAUAACAAGAAAAUGUCCAAAGAACAACAGAGGACGUCGACAGAAGCAAAACCUCGGCCAUUUUACAUCAGACGCAUCAUCACGAAUGGUGUAGCCUCAAUGUUUUGUUUUUUUUCCCUUGUUUAUUUUUUAUACUUACAUUGACCAUGUGAUGUACAUUUUUAUUAUAUCUUUUUUUAAAGAAUGGAAAUAUUUAUUUCAGAGGCCUUAUUUUUGGACAUUUUAUAGUUUAGCCUUGUUGCUUAUCUGUUGUACAUGCAAAUCAUCAGGUCUGACAGCAAUGGACUGAUACAGAUUUCAUUUUAUUUUAUUUUUACUUCCAUUUUCUGUAUUUGCUUUCGCAUGGUUGUGAAAUAGGCACAUUCUUUACUGUUAAAACAUCCCGAAUUGACGAACGCAUUUGAGAUGCUGCCACCAAAUUUGGGUUUAAGUUGUUAACUGAGGGCAAUUCAAAGAUUUCCGUUUUUGUAUGUAAAAUAAGCAUGGAACCCGUAGAAUUAUACUGCUAAGCUUUUUUUUUCCAGCAAAAGACAAACACUGUAGACUGAAAGGUUAACUGGAAUCAGCUUAGCACUAUGGCUCAACCUCAGCGUUCUACAAAAUGGUGGCCAGAGUCAUCACUGCAUCCCCGCAACUGGUUGCUCCUAUGGAACACAGGCUAAGGCCCUCCUCUUGUAGAUAGUGAACAAAGUUAAAAGCAAACAAAAGAAAAAAAGAAAAACCUUGCAAACAAGGCAUGAGCUAAAGGUUAAAAAAAUGUUUACAGUUUACUUUUUUCUAACCAGACUUCGUAGAAGACACUGUGUUUAAAUAGAUAUUUCAAUGUUUUAUAGGACUUAGUUACUGAUGGGUUUUUUUAAGAUACUGGCUAUCGCAUGAUAUGUGAAUUGUAUACUGUGAGUAGUGGUGAAAUGUUAUAUAUCCUAUCUGGUUAAACCCUGUGACUUUUGACCCAGGUGACCUGUUUAUCAAGGCUGAGGUGGGGCAGUAUGUGCUUAUUUUGCGGUGUCUAAAGCUAUCUGUUCUUUUUCAGUUGAUUGUAAGGACGUUUAAUUUUUUAUUUAACAUUUAGAAAAAUAGAAAAAAUAGAGAAUUUGACCCCCAAAUUUGACACCACUCAAACAGGUGCUACUGAAAUGUAUCCUGCACUUCUGCCACGUUCACCUCAUGAUAAAUAUGUCAACUUUUAAAAAAUGUAACAUUCGGUAAAUCUGGAAAAAGUUUCCUUAGCUCUGAAGUGAAUUGUAAAUCUCUCUCAUAAAAAAAUCUUUUGUUACAUUUAGAUAAAUGUUAAAUUAUGUAAAUUUAAAAUUUGGAACACCUAAAAAUAAUAUUGUUGUUUUGGACACCAUUACCAAAAUAAAAAAGCUGCUUUCAUAACAAAUGAGAUUUUUUUUAAAGGAAUUAUUUGUCAUUUUGUUUAGAACAUUCCUGACUGUCUAUGGCAUUUGUGUUUACAAACUUUAAUAAAAGUGUCACAACCUA